UGAAGCGGCAACCUAAGAUAAGCGCCACCUUGUGGAGGAUUCUGGGAAGUGUAGUCCAGAAGCGCUGGGCAGUGAGAUCCACUUCCGCUCUGGGAAGGCGGAGCGGUGGCCCCCGUUUCCCUCCGGGAUUCUGAGUGGGAUGGGCGCGAGUCACCACGAUCUCCGAGGAGGUGAGCGAGUGAGCGAGUGCGGACCCCGUGUCUCUGACUGGCUUGCGUGGCGUGGGCCCCGUAGGUGCCAUCCUCGCUCUUGGGGAACAGAAGCGGCGGAUGGCAGGGUUCUGUGCUUCUCCAGGAGCAGGAGAAAAUGGCCAAGUUCCAGGAGGCAGUGACGUUCCAGGACGUGGCUGUGGUCUUCACGGAGGAGGAGCUGGGGCUGCUGGACCCGUCCCAGAGGGAGCUGUACCGGGACGUGAUGCUGGAGAACUUCCGGAACCUGGUCUCAGUGGGAUACCGGAAUCAAAAUGAGAUAGAGACUCUUCAACAAGUUGGAUUAAGGGACCUUUUUCAUGAAGACCUUGUGUGCUGGCCAAUAUGGGAACAAAUCAUGAGUAAGUUAACCAGAAAUCAAGACUUGAUAAUAAAUCUACAAGGCAAGAGGUCUGAUUUGCCAAUCCAAGGCGAUUCCUUCUGCCAGUUGUGGGCAACAGAAUCUACUCAGGUUUCUGAAGAUGAGAACUAUGUAAUAAAGGUUCAAGGGGAAGUUCAAAGUGCCAAUAGUAUAAAAAAUCAAGAUUUUCCAAGUAAGACCGCCUGGGAUCUCUGGAGAGAGUCACAGAAUUAUCAGAGUAGGUGUCCGCAGUUUGAUGGGAAAUGUAAACUGUGUAAGUGUGAUGGUUGUGAUAUUAAAAAGACCUCUCAUGACCAUGAUGAUGAUCAGGAAGUACAUAAAGGUGAGAAGUCAUGUAGCCACAAGCAUUGUGGGAAAUGUUUCAUGAAGACAUCAUUUCAGCAUAAUGGAGUUCAUGCAGGAGAGCAGAAUUCUCAUGAGAAUGGACAAGGCUUCAGUUUGGGCCCCACUCUUGAACUUCAUCAGCAGUUACACCUAGGAGCAAAAUCUCAUAUGUGUAGUGAGUGUGGGGAUGGCAUCAGUUAUAGCUCGCUGCUUUGUACUCAUCAAAGUGUUCUCACAGAAGAGAAAUUCAGUAGGAAUGGUGAGUGUGGUGAAGACUUCUGUCAAAGCUUACAUCUGCAAAUUCAUCAGAGAAUCAACACAGGAGAGAAGCCCUACAAAUGUGCUGUGUGUGGGAAAGGCUGCAUGUGUAGCUCAUAUCUUCAUGGUCAUCAGAGGUUCCACUCUGGAGAGAAACCCUACAAAUGUGCUGUGUGUGGGAAAGGCUUCAGUCGAAGUUCACAUCUUCAAGUUCAUCACCGAGUCCACACUAGAGAGAAACCCUACAAAUGUGCUGUGUGUGAAAAGGGCUUCAGACUGAGUUCACAGCUUCAUGCCCAUCAGCGAAUCCACACUGUAGAGAAGCCUUACAAAUGUGAGGCAUGUGGUACGGGCUUUACUCAUAGUUCACAUCUUCAAGAACAUCAACAAGUCCACACUGGAGACAAACCCUACAGAUGUUCUGUGUGUAGUAAGAGCUUUAGUCAGACCUCAAGUCUUCAAGCCCAUCAGCGAAUCCACACGGGAGAGAAACCCUACAAAUGCACUGUGUGUGGUAAGAGCUUUAGUCAGAAGUCACAUUUGCAAGUUCAUCGGCGAGUCCACACUGGAGAGAAACCCUACAAAUGUACUGUGUGUGGGAAAGGCUUCAUGUGGAGCUCAUAUCUUCAUGUUCAUGAGAGGAUCCACACAGAAGAGAAACCUUACAAAUGUGGGGUGUGUGGAAAGAGCUUCAGUCAGAGUUCACAUCUUCAAGCCCAUCAGCGAAUCCACACUGGAGAGAAACCCUACCAAUGUGCUGUGUGUGGUAAGAGCUUCAGUCGGAGUUCACAUCUUCAAGGCCAUCAGCGAUUCCACACAGGAGAGAAGCCCUACAGUUGUGCUGUGUGUGGUAAGAGCUUCAGUCAGACCUCAAGUCUUCAAUACCAUCAACGUGUCCACACUGGCGAGAAACCCUACAAAUGUGAACAGUGUGGUAAAGGCUUUAUGGUGACCUCAAGUCUUCAUGUUCAUCAGAGGAUCCACACAGGAGAGAAACCCUACAAAUGUAGCGUGUGUGGGAAGAGCUUCAAUCAGACUUCACUUCUGCAAGUUCAUCAGUGAGUUCACAGUAGAGAGAAACCCUACAAAUGUGCUGUGUGUGAGAAAGGCUUCAUGUGGAGCUCGUAUCUUCAUGUUCAACAGAGGAUCCACUCAGGACAGAAACCCUAUAAAUGUGACAUGUGUGGUAAAAACUUCAGUCAGAACUCAAGUCUUCAAGCUCAUCAGAGAGUCCACACAAGAUAGAAGUUAUACAAAUGUGAGAUAUGUUUCAUAGUUAGUUUUUUUGUGUUUAAAUAUAAAAUUCCUUUCUUAAUAUUUCUCUUUUAAAAAUAUUUUUUAUUGAUUUUAGAGAGAGAGGGGAAGGGAAAUGGAGUGAUAGAAAUAUCAAUGAGAGAGAAACAUUGAUUGGCUGCCUCCUGCACACACUUUACUGGGGAUUAAGCCCAAAACCCAGGCAUGUGCCCUGACCAGGAAUCAAAUCAGCGACCUAUUGGUGCAUAGGACAACACUCAGUCCCCUGAGCUACACAGGCCUGGUUUAAUAUUUCUUUAAAAAAAUAUUUUUAUUGACUUCAGAGAGGAAGGGAGAGGGAUAGAAAGGAAUAUCAGUGAUGAGAGAGAAUCAUCAAUUGCCCGCCUCCU